AUGGGCGUGUCAAGCUCCAUCCAACCGUCGUGGCCAUCGUGGCAGUGGCCGAAAGUCUUCGAUACGUCGCCAUGUUUGACUCCCGGGAUGCUCCGGAUCCUUCGAGGGGUCAUGGCCGUCAUCUUCGUUGUUCACUGCACGUGGCACGUCGUGGAGUACGCCUUCCUCAGAGGAGAGGGCUUCUACUACUUCCUCUUCCUCACGAACUGGUGUUUGAUGUUUGAGACUCUGAAUAUGGUCCUGCUCUUCCUCUUGUCCUUGAUGGCUAUGGAGGCACCCGAGCCAACCCAUCAGUGGGACUUUGAGAAGGAGACCGAGCCAGCCCUUGCCCGGGUUGCCAUGGUAGUUUUCUCCAUCUCCCAGCCGUUGUCUUUAGGUGUAGCCAUCCUUUACUGGACCCUCCUACGGCCGAUUUGGGAUGUUCUUGCCGGAGAGGAGGAGUGGCCCGCCUAUUUGCCUUUCUUCGUGCACGGUAUCGACACCAUCCUUAUGCUCAUCACGUUCUUUGCCUGUCGCGUCCCUUACACUUGCUCCCAUGCCGGCUGGGUCGCCAUCUUCUCCGUGCUCUACGGGGUCUUAACCUACCUGCACCAUGUGCUCCGAAUCGGUCGCUGGAACGGCUGUGCUACAUACGAAGAUCCGCGUGACUGCCCCAUCUACAGCGUGCUCGACUGGAACAAGCCCGACGAGGCUUUGCCGAUCACCCUGGGUGCCGUGGUGGGAGUGGGCCUGGUUCUUCCUGUGGUUUACGUCAUCUUGGCCUGGCUCCGGGACCGAUGCGAUAGCCGUUCAGACCUCGAAGCGUCGGCUGCAAGGUUGGAGGAAGCACGUCAGCGCGAGCGGCUCUUGGACCGAACCGGCGAGGAAGACGUGCAGUUGAGUGGCCGGAAGCCCUGCGCAUGCCUGACCUGCGUCUGA